GUUGCGCUUUCCACCUGUGCCUGCGAUGCGUACCUGCCAGAAGUGCCCUUCGAUGGACCCUCCUUCCUCUCCUUUGCUUCCUCUUCUUUCCCGCCUCGACGUCUCCCGUUUUACUCCUACGUUUCACGGGUCUUUGCAGUAGUCCAACCUUGCUGCGUUAAUUCUGUCUCUCUUCAACUUCACUGUGUCUUCCAUACGAGCGUCCUGCCAUAAGUUUCUCAUCCGAGAACUCGACAAUCACAAUAAAGAGCCAGCUCAGGAGUAGAGGUAUCCCUAUUGCAGAACUCCGCCUGCAUCCCCGCCCUUUACCUUCAAGCUCGUCUGCAUCCGCUUCAACAUGCCGCAUUUCAGAGGAAUAGAGAUUUCCAUACAUGCGAGCCUCGAAGCAAAACAAAUAACCGAAUAUCCUCAUCCCGAGGGAUCUUCUGUUCGUCUUUUGAGAGCAACAACAAUUCCAGUGAACAAUGGUACCCAUUCGGGAACAGGCCGACCAUCACAAACCAUUGUCUCGCCACCAUUAGAUGGAACAGACCCAACUCGUCUGAAGAAGGUAAACCCACGCAUAUCUGUAUAUAUUCCCUCAUUGCCUGGAGAGCAGUUCUGGAUACGCUAUCUCGUCACUCAAUCGCCACCCCCGUCACGUUGCAUGUUCUUCAAGAUGGCUAUGAACGGACGUCACAUCUCGUCAUGGGGCAUUAAUACCAACACUCGCUCCGCGGGUAUUGUGGUCAGGGCCCUGUAUAAGCCAGACCACAAAUGGGAAGAAGCUGGUGGAAACAAUGCGGCGGGGUAUCCUGGGAUUGAGACACGAUACUUCCAUUUCAUGCCUGGUCUUGACAACAAAUCUGUUGCCGAAGAUGGAGGCGUCAUUGAGGUGCAGGCUUUUCGAUGCAAAGGGCGCAAACGUGUUGCACUUGAACUUGAUUCCUAUCGAAAUCAGGAACGCUAUGGAAUCACCUCUCCCAGCGGCGGUCUCGUCGACAACCCAGAGGACGCCACGUACUAUAACUACUACCUGAUUGAUGCUAAAGACGCUCCUUAUGCUACAUUUUGUUUUCAUUAUCGGUCUAUGAAAUACCUCAAGCAGCUCAAUCUCAUCCCGCAACCAGGGCUCGAUGCUUCGCCAGCCUCUAAACGUAGUUUCGACUUACAACGAGAACGCUCCGCAGUACCAUUGAGCUCUGGAUCUAAUUCUCCACCUCCUAGACGCUUUACCUUUGGUUCCUCGCCACUAGAGUCUCGUAUCUUCGAUGACGACGUUAGCUUUACUAGUAGUCUCGAGGUCGGCCACGUAAAGUCUAAUCCUCGAGAAGAAUAUUCUCUCAAAAGCCCUCCUGAGUUCUCACCCCCUUCAUUAAAUGAGCCAUCUGAGGUGAAUACUGAAGCUCUCGAGAUGGAACUCUCUAAUCAAACACAGCAACGUCCACUACCUGAGGUUCCCACUGUCCAGACAAGACCUGCUUCAGCAUCAUCACUCUGCCCAUCAUUGACGCCAUCCUUAAAACAGUACGUCGAAAGCGAAGAUUUUGAAAAUGAAGAGAUCAGGCUAAGUACAGCACAACCUAUGUUGAUUACUUCGGAAUCGAUGCAGGCACUGGAGUUGGUCAACGCUGGAGUUGAAGAGGGUACAUCCUUUUCAGACUAUGCCAGUUCCCCUACCUCCACUGAAGCCUCUCACUCGCCCGAGCUACCUUCUCCAGCAGGGUACAUUCCGACCACCGGCAGCGUCCUAGAGAGACAGCUUACCCAAUUUGACUCGCUUCACUUGAGAUCGUCUCCGCCCAAAACCGGCGACGUCCUAUGCUCUACGACAGAUAUCACCUCGCUCAAUAAUCAAAUUGAACACCGAGCUCGUGUUCUUAGCUUGACUGAGGCGGAAUGGCUCCGGCAUACUCCAUCACCCUUGGCACGGAAAGACAGAAGAUCAGAAUGCCUUUGGAGCCCCUGUCCUGAAUCGGGUAAGGAGGAUAAGAUGAGUAGUUCAGAUGAUGAUGUUCAAAGCAUGCGUUUAUACAGUCAUAGCUCGCCAGACCAGGCCCCCAUAGGAAACUGGAUCUGACUCAGGUCGAAGAGUAGUCGGUUCAAUUCGGUCGGUAUGAUCUGUUCAGGCCGCCGUAUAUGGCUUAUGUCAAUGGAUCUUCCGCGUAACUUCGAGGCUAAGGAUAUUUUUGGUGCGUCUUGGGCCAAUUCUCCGAAAUAUCGAAGAGAUAACGAGCCAAAUGUGUUAGUUGUGAAAGUAUGGAGCCAGUAAGAUAAAAGUAAACGACCCUUGCGAACUUGUCGGUAACGUAGAGCCAAAGAAAUGUAUUAUAUUACUAUGUAAAAUGGCAUCAUUAGCUGCGUAUGGCUCUAGGCGAGAUACAAUUCCUGGCCACAUGUCGAUAUGGUAUGAAAGUGUUUAAGACGGAAUGGGCCAGGCAGUUGUUCAUGGCACAGGACAGCAUGAGGAAGGCCACCACUCCCAGAGUGCACUGUUGUUAGUUCGUGGGAUUUACAAGGGCGAUGUCGUCAGUUAGCAGCCUAAAAGGUCAAUUGAGAAGAAAAAUCGAGGCG